CCGGGCCCAUGAUCCGGUGCCAAUCACUGGCGGGCUGAACCAUCCAUUCGACAACCUCAGAGAGGCUUACUCACGCAAAAGUGCGGAGGAGCCCACGAGAUCCCCGUCCAUAGCAUGGCUUGGUAUCGAAUCAUCCUUCCUUUUGAAUGGUCCCAUGUGGAUUGCUCAGGACAGAUCUGCCCCCUUCCGUGCGUCAGUUGUGACGCAGUCGUACAGAUUCAGAUAUAUACAAAAGUAGUGUAUUUCUCUGAGGGAUACUUGGAGACUAUCCCGGUCUCUACGCAGUAUGCAGGCGAUGGAAUGCUGGGGGAAAGGAGAGGCCGGGGCCUAGGUUGCCACCGUCAGAACAGAGGCUCCUGGAAUAGCCUGCAGAAAGGAUGUUCCAUGUUCCGGACGUUUUAUUUGAUCUCAGACCGGGAAAAACGGUUGCCAGAGAGCAUCGGCAUUGCCUUUUUUUGUUUUUUCGCUCUGCGACUCGGGGGGCCAAUUUGAUACUUGCUCCACUCCCCGGAGUUACUUAAGAUGCCUGCAGUCAAUCAACCGACCUGCAGUUAGAGAACAACUCCGAACGGGGAAGAUUUUUCUAUUCCUAGGGGUAGAUAUAGAUACUACUCCGUACUUCGUGACGAACUGACUUGCGAUUUUGACGCUAAAUGGAAGCCCAGUGGAAUCUUCUCAG